CUGAUGGCUUGACAGGUGCGUGACAAUCCAGCUCUUCAAGCAUGUACGCCAAAGGCAAGAGUAACACUGUACCUUCUGACAGCCAAGCCAGGGAAAAGUUAGCACUGUAUGUAUAUGAAUAUCUACUCCAUGUAGGAGCACAAAAAUCAGCACAAACAUUUUUAUCAGAGAUACGAUGGGAGAAAAACAUUACAUUAGGAGAACCACCAGGAUUCUUACAUUCGUGGUGGUGUGUAUUUUGGGACCUUUACUGUGCGGCACCUGAAAGAAGAGAAACUUGUGAACAUUCAAGUGAAGCAAAAGCCUUUCAUGAUUACAGUGCAGCCGCAGCUCCCAGUCCAGUGCUAGGAAACAUUCCCCCAGGAGACGGAAUGCCAGUAGGCCCGGUACCACCGGGAUUCUUUCAGGGACCACCAGGUUCACAGCCCUCGCCACAUGCACAGCCUCCACCACACAACCCCAGCAAUCCCAUGAUGGGACCUCACAGCCAGCCUUUCAUGUCACCUCGUUAUCCAGGAGGCCCCAGGCCGCCCCUCAGAAUACCUAACCAGUCACUUGGAGGAGUCCCAGGAACACAACCAUUGCUACCCAGUGGGAUAGAUCCAACGCGACAGCAAGGACAUCCAACCAUGGGUGGACCGAUGCAGAGAAUGACUCCUCCACGGGGUAUGGUUCCCCCCUUAGGACCUCAGUCUGACCCUUGGUUAUCAUUGCAGAGUUACGGAGGAGGAAUGAGGCCCCCGCUGAAUGCUUUAGGUGGUCCAGGCAUGCCUGGCAUGAACAUGGGUCCUGGAGGCGGUCGACCAUGGCCAAAUCCACCUAAUGCCAACUCAAUACCAUAUUCAUCAGCAUCGCCUGGCAAUUAUGUGGGACCCCCUGGUGGUGGAGGGCCUCCAGGAACUCCCAUCAUGCCUAGCCCAGGAGAUUCAACAAACUCCAGUGACAAUAUGUACACAAUGAUGAAUGCUGUACCUCCUGGGGCCAGCAGGUCUAAUUUUCCAAUGGGUCCUGGCUCAGAUGGUCCAAUAGGGGCAAUGGGUGGAAUGGAACCGCAUCACAUGAACGGAUCAUUAGGCUCUGGAGACAUGGAUGGCAUUUCCAAGAAUUCUCCCAGUAACAUAAGUAUGAGUAAUCCGCCUGGCACUCCACGCGAUGACGGAGAGAUGGGUGGCAACUUCCUGAAUCCCUUUCAGAGUGACAGCUAUUCACCAAGCAUGACAAUGAGUGUGUGAUCUUGUAUCCAUCCUCUUGAUCAAGACCAGAAUGGUUUUCCCUCUUAAAAGAUGAAAUAAGUACAUCCAAGAGAAGAAUGAAAUAUUUUACAAAGGUCUACAGGAAACAGAGGUUUUGACUCUAGCAAAGACCCUGUUGUUCUUCUGUAAAUGACAAUAGUGUCUCAAUGUGUACUGAAAGCGGGUCCAAAAUAUUCUUUUUAAGUUUACAAAACCUCAGAGACUGAACAGUUCAAUCAUUUAAAUGUAGGAGAUGCCUGAUCUAGGCAUCACACAGUAACUUACAUGACCUCCCACAGUUUAAUAAGACAUGGUGUGCUUGAUUCAGCUGUUUGAAAGAAUACAAUCAGAAACACGGCUUAAUGUGAGUCUUCUUUCUUCUGUUUUUCCCUUCCAAAUUCAUUUUUUAGUCUAAGUAUCUCAAGUUAUGUUACUUGUAAUUUUGUAUUGCAUAAAUAGGCUCCCAAUAAUACCUCUUUUUAUGCUUUAUGAGAUAUCAUUGCUGGUUAGCAGAGCAAAUAUACUAGCCAAACACCAUAGGAUAAAAUAAACAUGGAAGGGAAAAAGAAAAGCAAAUGAAAAGCUUGCACUUAACAUUGUGUUCAGUAAGUGUUAUUCAUUGAAUUAGAACUACAUUAAUUGUCCUGUGUUAUAGGAGAGAGCCUGUCUUUUAAUCAUAGAGUGUGGUGGUGGAUUCAGGUCCAUAAAUACAGUUCUGGCAUAUCAGUGUUGAACACUACAUGGGAUAUGCUUAUGGUCACUGAUAAUAGCCAAUAAGUGCUAUAGUCAUUGCAGCUCAGAAAUUGCAGAAUAUUCUUUUUAUUUCUCUUUUUUCCUCUCUACCCUGAUAACAGUAAAAUAUGCUAAGACAUAGUGAUCUGGGAGUGCGACUAGGAAUAUUUGAGGUAAAUUGUACAACCUGUGUGACCUUGGUCCACCACUAACAGAAGAUGGCCAAUCUUCCUUAUUUAAUGUCACCCCAUAAAGAUCUGCAUUUUAGCCAUUACCUCUUUUUAAAAAAAAUGAAAAUGAAACUAUCUUUUGUAAAUUUUCAUGUAUUCCUUAUUCUUCCUUCUGUGCAAAAUGAUAUAUUGUAAAUGUACAUUGUGUAGAUUGUAACAAACUGCAGUUUUUGUUUUGUUUGGUUUUUGAUUUGUAUGUGUAUGAGAUUGAGGGUUCUCAAAGUUACUGCAGUUAGGGCCUUUUCCUAUGGGAAUAUUUUCUGGACUGAGAGUGAAAUCAGUGUAAAAUUUUUGUACAAAAUGCAGGCUAACUUUUUCAGUUCUCAGACCACAUAAAAGGAAGAUAUUUCAAUGGGAAUUACCAACAUUUUCCCACAUGGAAUAAUGAUUUUAAAAUACGCUUUAAUUAUAUAUAUUAAAGAAUUAUACAAUUAUAUUGUAACUGUUAGAGGUUAACUGACUCACUGCAGUUGGCAUCUCUUGUUACUAAUACAAUUUUCUAUUGGAGGCCAAUAAAUUUAAGUAUAGAACAUUUUUUUUAACUUUUCAAAGACUUCAACAAGGGAACUAGUAAUAAUGAUUGCACAAUACAACAUCGGAGGCAAUUUUUUGCUACUGAUCAAUGUAAUUGUGACAUUUGGUGAUCAUUUAUAAUUAUGGCAGUGGAUCCCUCUAAAAUGUAUUGAGAAACUAAGCAAUCAGUGAACACUUAGUGAAAUAACAAAAUAAGAAAAUUGUUCAUGUAAUCCUUUCCAUGGUUCCUCAUUUGAAAAGGCCCUAACAGGUAUGGAGUUUCUGUACAACAAUUUGAUCAUUAUAAUCUUCUGCUUGCAUGAAGUGAUAUGUAUAAGUGAAACAAAAAAGGCACCGCCACACCCCAAAAAACUAACUUUAAUAUGGUCAGUCAGACCUUUUUCUUGUAUUAUCUUUUGCAGAUGAUUUAUAUAUUAACCAGAAAUGUAAUGCCAGUACCAAGUCAAAUGCUUAGUAAUCACACACAAUUUUGAAUUUCAGUCUGAAUACAAUGCCUAUUUGUUGAGGUGGUUAUAGUUAGCUUUCUUUUAGUGACAGUUUGCUGAAAUAUGAUGACAAUUUUGUGACUUUUGUGAAGUUAUGCCAGUAUGGCAUAUUUAAUGUUGUGAUUUAGAGCAUUCUGGUUCUAGGAAGAACUGGCCUGUUCUCACCAAAUGAUCUGAGCAUGCAAGUAACAUUGUUGUACAAGCCAUGGCUUGUACUAAAGAAAGACAUUUUGAACUUCCAGACCUUUUUUUUUACUGAACCAGGCCAAAAUGCUACUAUCUCUGUAAGCUUCAUGGAAUCCUGAGUACAUUAAGACUUAGUUAUAUUUUGUCUUGUUUUAGAAUUCUGGAGAGUUGUUCUUUAGAGCUGGGAUGAUCAGUGUUACUCAUCCAAGUGGUUCAUCUAGCCUUGUUAUAUUAAACAAUUUAAGUGAAAAAGAUAUCACAGCAUUAGCGCAUUAAGUAUUUGGGUUACAUAUUGAUAGCAGAUAACUGGUUUAUAUUUUCAUAAGCCACUGCCCACCACCAACAACCUGAAAGAAAAUGUGCUUUCUUGCUUUGUUGUUUAUUGUUUCCAUUUUAUAAACUAUUUAUAACUCAUUGAAAUUCAUUUGAUUUUCUUGCUGAGAAAUAAGGUAUAUCAACCGGGGUGAUUUUUAAAAUUUGCAUAAAUCUAGCAGGGGUGGACAAGGUAUUGUCAUCAGCAUGAGGUCUGAAUCAUUGCAAGAUCAAGCCUCAUUUCAGUAAUAUUGGUGAACUUCCAAUACUGAAUAACCAGGUUGGGAACAGUUGGGAUAUUUGCAGCUGCUCUAUGGAACCAAGCCAGACGUUAACGGGGUUGGAGUGGGAAAUUACAGGAGCUCUGCAAUGAACAGGAAGCUCCACUCAAAGUGUGCACUUCACCCACUGUUAACUAAAUUUGCUUUGAGAUCCUAAAUAUGGUGUAGGACCCCCUAGUUUUCACACAAUGUAAGUAAUCUCCUACUUAUUUCAGGCAGGACACUGCUCACCUGUUUCCCAGACUGCUCCAAAAUCACAGUUAGCUGAUUGUCAGCGGGAAUAGGGUGGCUCGAGCUAUACCAUGAUUUAUAUUCUACUACCACCUGUUUCUGCCCAAAACCUAGAUGAAAAUCACCUUAAUUUUUUUAUUGUUUUACCCACAGAGGUAGUUUGUUUAGAGGGCCUAUAUUAAUUGCAUUCAUUAUUUGUAUAUGCAUGGUCUGUCCCUUACGUUCAUAUAAGCACUGAAUAUUAUGAGGUAGCACUGUUUAUUUUUCUAAACUGGAGUCCGGUUUAGUCCAGUAUGUCAUUGUAUCAUACUUGUUAGGUCAAUAACUUUAAUAAAGUACAUUUCCAAUUUCUCAGUCCCUCUCUUGGCUUCAGACCAUUGGAAUUGCUUCAUGUCCACCAGCAAUUGAACAUGUUUAACAGCCAAUUAUUUAUGAUACAUACUUUUAAUUUGUCCGAAUUGUUUGGCUGUAGGGAUAUUUUGCUUAAUUCAAAAUGUACAAUGAUGAAUAUUCAUUCAAAUAUCUGAAAUGAUAGAGUUAAUGUUUCAAGUCCAAUAUGACUCUUCAAUAUGAGUUAUAUUGGACUUAAGCAUUAAAUCUGUUUCUCACUCCACAGAUGCGGCAAGACCUGCUGCGUUUUUCCAGCACUUUCUGUUGGUAUUUCAGAUCUCCAGCAUUUGCAGUAUUUUGCUUUUAUCUGAAAUUAUAUUUCACAUUUGACUGGUAUCUAUUCAGGUUACAUGCUAAAACUAGUUCAAUUAUGUUACAAUUGUGUAGGUAGAACCACAGUACAACACAGAAUAUUUCUGAUUAGCAGGAUUUGUUCAAGUCAGUGAAGUUCAAAAGGCCAACUUGUAAACCAUGUAAGUUAGUUAUGAAAAAUAAUUUUGUGACAGUUUUCCCAUGUAUUUUGCCAUGAUUUCUAUAAUAUUGCCUUUACUUUGUGCCUCUCAUUGAGAAAUGGUUAUUUGAGAGGAAAUCCCACCUCUAAUGGGAAAUUCCCGUAAGCAGUACUCUUAGGAUCUAAUAGGCCACACGCUUUUGGAAUCAGAAAAUCAAGUGAUCUUUUACCAUUUGCCACUAUUUUUCCAACAUUUGCACAAGAGAUUAUUAAAGGUAAAUAUAAAUAAAUUUAAUUCUGCGAUGGAUAGGUAGCUGCAAUAACAGAGUGGUAAUUGUUCCAAAAGUCGUUCUGGUGUGUUAUGUAAAAUAAUGUAGUUUGUGUAAGAAACUUUGUCUUGACCAUGGUUUAUACUGUAAAAUACUGUUGUAAAGCGCAAAUUGAUUCCAUGUAGCGUGUGUUUUUGUAGUUAUUGUUAGUAUGUCACAGAAUUAGCCAAUUCUUUAUUAUUUUGGUUUUCUUUUUGUAUUUGAUUUUUGCCUUGUCGAGCAUGCUUAACCAAUUCUGGAAUCUCUGAUGUGGAUUGUAUUAAAGAUUUCAGCCAACUAAACAAACUGCCAGAAACACUAAAUUCAGCUCUUCUAAUUGAAAUAUCAUUUUGCCCUGAAUAUCUAUAGUUUUUUUUAAUGAAAAGAACAAUUGAGUAUAUUUUCCUCUAACUUUAAAAUGACAAAUUCUAGAUUAAACAUUAAUAAAGAUGCAUGUCCCUGUAGAAUCCAGUGAUAUGUUCCAUUAUAGGCACAUGAUGUAAAUUGCACUUAUAUAAAAACUGCAAAGCUAAACAAUUUGUUUUCCAAACGAUUAAUUUACAGAAGGAGGUACAAUAUCAAAUAAAUGCUUAUAGGCCUGCUUUGUUUUGAUUUAUCUCUUUGGGUUUAUACUUUCUCCUAAGUAUCAAAUAAAUUGCACAUUCUUUUUUAUGUAACCUAAACUUUUUAUGAAGUUCAUAUACUUACAGAAAAUUAAGUGCAUUGGAAGUUAUUUUGUUUUGACUUAUUUUGAGUGAUCCACACUUUAAAACUUAACUGAAUUUCUUGAAGAAAACAUAGAUGAAUUACUCUAAAAGCUGUUGUAUAGUAAUGUUUUUUUAAAAUAUAAAUUUAGCUGAGUUGGGCCAAAGAGCAGCCAUACUGUGUUUUUCAGACAACUUGAUUUUUUUAGUACAGUUCUUUCUAAAUCAAAUUCACUGUUCCAUUAGUGCUGUACUUGGGUAGUUAGACUCUCAUUCUGGAAAACAGGUAAUCUGACUUUUAUUCUAAUGCAUAUAAAAUGGUAAAUAAUAUUUUAACCAGUUAAAUUUGCGUUGCCAGGUAGGCUUAAAGAAGAUAACCAUUUGCUCUAAACUAUUUGUACAGUAGUAGGGGAAGUCACGGUAUUUGGAUUGCAUUUGUACUUGGUGUCAACUGCUGAGGUCCAACUGAUCUGAAGAAACUGCUGAAAAGAGUUGUUUCUGUGAGUGUAGAGUUAGAAUGAAACUCCAGGAGGUAGAAAUUCAUGAUUUCUGGUGAUUUUACGGGACGUUGUCACAGAUCUAUUAACCGGUGACAUUGCCACAACUAUAUUAUACGCAAAAGAAAAAAAUGUGCUUUUUUUAUUUUGUUCUUCAAAUCAAUUUGAUAUAAUAAGCAGUCACCAAACAUUCUGAAUUUCAAUUUGUUUCUUCUAGUAAAAAUAAAAUCAAAACAUAUCUUACUUUUCAAUUAAUUUAACAAUACAUGUUGCAAAUUCCAACCUUUAUUAUGUGUUGUCCAUGAAUAUGUGAAAGAAUCAACUUAUCAGUUCAGUACCCAUUUAAAAUUGAAAAAUAAUAUAACUUUAGGUUUUUAGGGCAAAUUUAAUUUAUGCAGAUGGCUUAUAGAAGUUGCUGUAUAAAGUUUGAAGCAUAUCUUGAUGGCUGCCCAGCACUGCACAACAUUGCAUGAACUAUGUGUAAAAUGAAUUUCCUUACCCCAAUGUUUUACAUUUUUGUAUUUGUUCCUGCAGGCACAACAGUAUUGUAUUUAAUAGUUUUACCUUCACUUUUCUUUGUGUUCCUGAGUACUAAUUAGCAAUGUGUCCUGGUUUAUUGUUCAGCACAUUAUGUAUUACACCAUUUGUAUGUUCUUUAAAUUGUAAAAUUUCUUAGAUUGAAAAAAAUGCUCAUUAAACUGUUACAACAAAUGUA